UGAGUGGGAGGCAGGUGAGCCUGGAGGAGCAGGGAGAGGUAGAGAAUUUAAAACCUAGUCCUGUGUCCUAUUCCAAGAAGCUUCUGGUUCUCUAACACUGGAUAGCAACAUCGCAAGCAGAGAGGUCUUGGUGCUGUCAAAAGCAACUUUUUCUUCGGACACAGGCUGUCGGGUAUUGGGCAGCGCAGUGAAGAACAAUGAGUACUCCAGAACACGCUGAUGCUGUGGAAAUCUUGUUUCAGCACCAGUAUGCAUUUAUGAUCCCAAAGAUUAUGUUUACUGCUUCUGAUCUUGGUGUAUUUGAUCUGCUGAUGGAGUCCAAGGAACCGCUGACUUCAGUGACUAUUGCCGAACGUCUGGGUACCAGUCCCUUUGGGAUGGAGAGGCUGCUGGAGGCCUGUGUUGGCUUAAAGUACCUGCAAGUGGAGAGGAAGGACAACCAAACUCUUUAUGGAAACACAGACCUUGCCAAUCUCUACCUUGCCAAAUCAAGCUUGAAGUCUCAGUAUCAUUCCUUGAAGUUCACUUCUGAAUUUAUCUAUAUGGGUAUGCAGUACUUGGCUGAUUCUGUGAGACAAGGAAAGAGUCAGACUGAUAGAGUAUAUGGCAUUUCAGGAAAAGAUUGCUUUGAUGCUCUUAACAGAUCCAAGAGUGGGCUGCAAAAAAUCUUCAUGGGUGCUAUGGAUGAAAAGUGGCAUCUGUUUGGCCGAGAAAUUAUGACUGCAUUUGAUCUUUCACAUUUCCCACUUGUUUGUGAUGUGGGAGGAUGUACUGGGGCAUGUGCCAAGGAAUAUAUUUCAUUAUAUCCAAAUUCUACAGUGACAAUUUUAGACCUACCUGAAAUAGUGGAACAAGCAAAAAACCAUUAUGUGUCCUCGCAAGAUCACCAGAUUACUUUCCAUAAAGGGGACUUUUUUAAGGACCCAAUUCCAGAAGCUGACCUCUAUAUUUUGGCUAGGGUCCUGCACGACUGGUCUGAUGAGAAGUGUGUGCAGCUACUAACCAGACUGCACAAGGCCUGCAAACCUGGUGGUGGAGUGUUAAUAGUGGAAAUGGUCCUCAAUGAAGAUAGAAAAGGGCCAGUAAGGUGCCACCUAUACUCUGUGAUAAUGCUACUUCUUACCGAAGGCCAAGAACGAACCGCAUCAGAGUACAAUGCGCUGCUUAGUGCAGCUGGAUUCAAAGAGAUUCAACAAAAGAAAACAAGCUUCUUUGAUACCAUUUUAGCAAGAAAAUAAUAUUGACCGUACUUCAUUCUUCUUCUAUUCAAUACGCUUCAGGUUGCAGACUCCGCUAACCCAGAAAUAUUACCUCGGGUUAAGAACUUUGCUUCAG